AUGUCGUCCACCUCAAUGUCAGGCACCGUAAGCUUCACGGCGAGCUCCAUCACCUCCACCUGGAGCCCGGCACCAAACGAGCUCAGCGUCGUCGGAUACUACUCCUCCGGUACGGCCGUUGCGACCAUCGUCUGCGGCGACGAAUACGAGUUCCUCGUCUCAAGCACAUACGGCGUUUGCUGCCCGACCGAAAGCGCCGGCAACUGCGACUUCAGACAAAGAUGUGAGCAGAGUAUGAUGGUGUACGAGGAUGGGACGACCUAUACAUGUGAAAACAAUAACCCAUGCGUCGAAACCACCAUGUACCAGGCCGAGCCCUCGAACGGAUGGUCGGCGACGAUGGCCUGGUGCAUGGAUGCGGACAAUCCAACAACCCUUUAUCGAAGCUUCGUCGGGACACAGCUUACUCUCGUACCGGCCGACGAAGACUUCACAACCGACACCGACGAUACCACAACGACGACGACGACCCGUACCCCGACAACGACGACGACUACCUCCACCUUUAUCACAACCACAACCACUACACCCGAUCCCGCGCACACAGAUGACUCCAACCCGGAAGACGACGGUCCAAACGUUGGAGCGAUUGCGGGAGGCGUGGUCGGAGGAGUUGCCGGUCUGGCAUUGAUCUUGCUCGCAGCAUGGUUUAUCCUCCGCCGACAGAAGAAGAAAAACGCCGAGUUGAGAGAGAUUGGCACUGGGUAUGUCGCCCCGGAGCCAAAAUAA